AUGAAUAAUUUGCACUCAGAUUCGAGACAAACUCUUUAGUAGUAAGACAUAGAAAUUUAUUAAUUGAUUGAGAAAGAAAAGAAUUUGCAAUAAAAUAGCAUAAAUUUGAUUCCGAGUGAAAAUUAUACAUCUAGAGCAGUGGCUGAGGCAUUAUCUUGUGUAUUUAGCUCCAGAUAUGCUCCAGGACCUCAAGGAAGCAAAUAUGCCCCAUAAGUUGAAAAUUAUGAUGAAAUAGAGAAACUCUGUUAAGAGAGAGCAUUAACAGCAUUUUAAUUAGAUCCUCAAUAAUGGGGUGUCAAUGCUUAGAUGGGGAGUGGAUCUUCUGCUAACUUAGCAAUAUUUUUAGGUUUAUUGGAACCAAAAGAUAGAAUAAUGAGUAUGGAAUUUUAAUAAGGUGGUCAUUUUUCUCAUGGAUAUUAGAUAGGAGAAAAGAAGUUAUCAGCAAUUAGUAAAAUAUUUGAAGUCCUAUUUUACUAACUUAAUGAAAAAACUUAAGAAAUUGAUUAUGAUAAAGUUGAAAUAUUAGCUAAGGCAUACAAACCAAAGUUAAUUGUUGCUGGUUGUUCAGCUUAUAGUAAAUUAAUCGACUUUGGAAGAUUCAGAAAUAUUUGUGAUUAAGUUGGUGCUAUUUUAUUGGCAGAUAUAGCUCAUACUAGUGGUUUAAUGUCAGCUGGAGUUAUUCCCUCUCCAUUUCCUUAUGCAGACAUUGUUAUGACAACUACUCAUAAAUCCUUACGUGGACCAAGAGGCAGUUUAAUUUAUUAUAAAUUAUAAUACAAAAACAGAAUAGAUGAAUCAGUUGCCCCAGGAUUAGUAGCUGGAGCACAUUUCCAUACAAUUACUGGCAUAGCUGUAGCAUUGAAAGAGACUCAAUCUCCAUCAUAUAUCCAACUCUAGAAAGAUGUUGUGGACAACAAUAAACAUUUUGCAGCUGAGUUCUAAAGAUUAGGAUUUGAUUUGAUUGCAGGAGGAACUGAAAAUCACUUAAUAUUGGUAGACUUAAGAAAGUUUAAUGUUGACGCUGUUAAAAUGGAAUAUAUCCUCAGUUAAAUCAAUAUCUAAUGCAACAAACAGCUUGUUCCUUUUGACACGGUACCUCAGCCAAGAGCAUUAAGAGUUGGAUCAAUUCCAUUAUCAGUUAGGUAGGCAUCUAAAGAACAUUUCACAAGAGUUGCUUAAAUCAUAAAAGAAUCCGUUGAAUUGGUCUAAACUGUUACUGUUGAUAUUAAGAUAUGGGCAGCUGAAAACUAGGAUAAACUAAUACCCCUAAAGUAAAAGGUUGUAGAAUUGGCAAAUGAAUUACCAAUUCCUUGGAUGUGAAAUGUUAAAUUAGUAUAAAUUAAAGAAUAAUUAUUUACAAUUUUAUUUGC